AUGGUGCGGGAACUUGCUGGAUGCACAAACGUUCAUGAUGCAGGUGGGCAGGGAAGGAAGCCAGUGUCAAUGUAUGAUCUUGUUCAGCGCGUGGAUCAGGCGAUUCGUGGAAAUCGUUGGUGUACAAUUUUUGGGUUGAGUGAUUUGUUUCUUGAAAUUUCACGGUCAGCUCUCUAUAUCAUUGUGAGUGAAAGACUCGAGUACCGCAAACUCUGCGCUAGAUGGGCUCCCAAGAUGCUGUCUGUCCAUCACAAAACUCAGAAAAUGGGUGCCGCAUUAAUCUUUCUCCAGCGCUACCGUCAGGACGGAGGACAGUUUUUGGAUAAAAUUGUCACAUGA